UUCUCAUGUAAAUUGUUAGGUACGCUUCCACCUUUCAAGUUUCAACCCCACUCUUACACCAAGCCCUUCAUAAUCCACAUUGUCAUAAAUUCAUUAAACUCUCUCUGACUUUCUCAUCCGAACCUCCUCUCAUGUCUUCUUCAGGUAUUUCCUUUGAAUCACCAUCAAACUCACCACCAUCACCACCACCUCCUUCCACCACCGCCGUACCUCCUGCCGCCGGUGUACCCAAAUUCAAAUCAACACCUCCACCUUUACUUCCCAUUACCCCACCGGCGUUCUCACCUUCCUCCUACUUCUCUUUCACCGGUGCUCUCACCUCCGCUGAUCUUCUCGACUCCCCUCUUCUCCUUUCUUCUUCGCACAUUUUACCAUCUCCAACGACUGGUUCUUUCCCUUUACAAGCCUCCAAUUGGACAUCCAACUAUCAAAGUCAAGAACACGGCAUAAAGAAAGAACACGACAAUUUCACCGAUUUCCCAUUUCAAACCCAAUCAAAUCCUAACACAGUAAGUUUUCAGGAAAUAUAUCAACAACCCAGAAUCGAAGAUGACAGAAGUUUGGUAAAAUCAGAAUAUUCAUUUCAGAAACAGAGCUUCGAAUCAAAUUACCCAACUAAUCGUAACAUCUAUAAUCAUCGAUCGUCACAGAAGAAGUUGGAUGAUGGGUAUAAUUGGAGAAAAUACGGGCAAAAACAAGUGAAAGGUAGUGAAAAUCCAAGAAGUUAUUACAAGUGUUCCGAUCGAAAUUGUUCAAUGAGGAAGAAGGUGGAGACAUCUUCAGAUGGGGAUAUUACAGAGAUUGUUUAUAAAGGAAAUCAUAAUCAUCCGAAACCACAAUCCACCAAACGAUCAUCUUCUUCAUCGGUUUCGAAUAAUUCACUUGUAAUGAAUCAAUUUAAUGAUUUCCAAGAUCAAUCUCAUGGUUCUGGACAAUGGGAAUUGAUUGGAACGCCGGAAAAUUCAUCGGUUUCGAUCGGAGAUGAUGAGUUUGAUCGGAGUACGUCAGGUGGAGAUGAGUUUAUUGAAAAUGAAACUCCGGCUAAAAGACUGAAGAUAGAGAGUGAAAACGAAGGGAUAAGUAGGACUGUAAGAGAAUCGAGAGUUGUUGUUCAAACCAUAAGUGAUAUUGAUAUACUCGAUGAUGGAUAUAGAUGGAGAAAGUAUGGCCAAAAAGUAGUGAAAGGGAACCCUAAUCCGAGGAGUUACUACAAGUGCACCACUCCUAAUUGCUCAGUUAGAAAACAUGUGGAACGCGCAUCUCAUGACAUGCGCUCGGUGAUAACGACCUACGAAGGGAAGCACAAUCAUGAUGUGUCACCGGCUCGUGGUGUUGGUCACCGACAAUUGCUGUCUAGCAACCAGGACAACAAUGUGGCUAAUGUGACAAUUAACACGUCGAAACUGCUUUAUCGCCAUCCUAGUAACUCUAUGAUCAAUCAAAUAUAUGGGUCAACGUUACGUGCACCAUCAGAAACACAGUUUACAUUAGAGAUGUUGCAGAACUCACAGAGUUUCGGGUUAUCAGGGUUUGAGGACACUAUACGAUCUUCUUACAUGAGUCGACAACCAAGUUCGGGGAGUAUUUUUGCUAAAGCUAAAGAUGAACCUAAUGAAGACGAAAACUUUUUGGAGACCAUGUUAAGUUUGAGGUUGUUUUUGCAAGGAUUGAACUUGUUAAUACUCAUACAUGGAGGGUUAUUACAGAAAAUAUAUGAGUGAUUCUUUUAUUGUUCAUUGACAUACUUUUAUUUUGGGAAAUGUAACCAUUUAUUUAUUUUUUCGAUUGUUGUAAUAUAUUCUUCACAGAAACCAUGUAUAUCUAAGGUUCUAAGGUACAUAAUAAAAGAUAUGUAUAUUUAAGUUUGUAAA